AUAGAACGAUCGCACACUUUCUUCAGCUAUCUUGGGGAAGUAUCUUGGUCAGAUUUACUUAUCUAUUUGUAACCGAACUUCCUCUAUUUUCUCCGCUGCCGAAUCCCAAGGCGUCAGCCUCUUGUCUUACCCCCGUCACGUCGCACACAAGUUACGAUGAGUUAGGAACAUAAGACAAUUAUAAAAUCAGCCACCGGUCCAGCGAAGAAGGAAGUGUGUAAGUGGGAGAGAAGAAAGACAGAGAGACAGAGAGAGAGUAUGUGAAUGACGAGAAAGCGAGCAAUUGGAUGUUGAGAAGAUGGCAUCGAAUGGGUUUCAUGCAACUGUCCUCCACCACGUAAACGACGAUAAUCAUAGCGACGACGGUAGAGACGGCAAUUCGAAUGGUGCUACUCCUACAUCGCAACUAGGAUCACUAUCAAGACCAAGAAUAGGGCCUAGAAAUAUUAACAAUAAUACCGGUACGGGGAUGAGUACGGGGAUGGGGAUGGGGAUGACAUAUUCAGAUACGCUAGGACCACGUUUCUCCAAUUCUACUAAUUCUAUCGGCAAAGGCAACGCGAAUGACCUGAACCUUGACGCCAAUACUGAUUCCAAUCCUAUUACCCACGCAGCCGCAGCCGCAGCCCAGGCUCAAGCUCAAGCGCAAGUACCAACCCACGUAAAUCAAGCCGUUCGCGGCCACGGCCACGGCCAUAUCCACACCCACACCUACAAUGGGCACACUGGUGCCGGUUCAAGCAGCAGUACCAGCAACAAUAGGAAUAGCAAUAACACAUCUCCGACCAUUACGGCUUCGACGAAACCACUAGAUUUUCGUCAGCCCGCCGCCACUACUAUUAUAACCAACAAUCAUAAUCCCACCACCACUUCUUCUUCCUCAUUCCUCCAUUCUCCAUCGCCAAAAAAUAACUUGUCUGUCGCAUCCAUCACGACUCCUGCAUCGCCUACAUCGAGAUCGACGACGCGACCGCCACCCACUACAACCACUUCCCUCGCGCAUCCUUAUAGUAACGCGUCGCAUCAAUUGUCAACUUCUUCAUCGACACUGUUGGCGCCCUCAUCUUCUUUACCUUCUCUGGCUCCUCCGCCGGGAGCCUUGAGCUCAAUUAUGGCAUCAUCGUCUGCCAUGUCGUCUACGAAUGGUGCAAGUGCAUCGCCGCUGCAGCCUCCUAAGACCUCAGGCCAUCUCUCGCCGCCUGAUUACCAUCAACCAUCCAGAGAAAAAGCAUCAGGGAGUUUUUAUGACCCGCUUACCGAUACAACCAGGGAGAGGAGAGUUUCCGACAACUGGUCCAAGCAGGUGCAGGUAAGCUUUAAAUAAAAAAAAUAUUCUACAUUCCCACUCUCAAUACCCGAACACAACUUUUAGAGCCUUUUAAGUAUUUUACAUUAUGUUGGCCGAAUGUGUCUUAACAUAUUUUGACACCACAAAAUCUUAAAUAUGGGUUAUUAGCAACUCAGACCUUCUCUUAUAUAUUCAUUCCAAAGUACCUACAUAAGUUUGCUUAGUGGCAGUGCGAGCAUCCAUAACGUUUUGUUCGGUGUUCGCCCCGGGACAAGGAACAUCAUCAAUCAAUUUUUUUUUAUUGCAACCAAUCUUCCAUUAGGAAUCAUCGACAUUUUUCUUAACUAACCUUGGUCCC